AUGACUAAGAACUACCCAACUGUGAGCCAAGAUUACCUUAAGGCUGUUGAGAAAUGCAAGAGGAAGCUUAGAGGUUUGAUCGCUGAGAAGAACUGUGCACCCAUCAUGGUCCGACUCGCAUGGCACUCUGCUGGAACAUUCGAUUGCGCCUCGAGGACUGGAGGUCCAUUCGGUACGAUGAGGCUUGAGGCUGAGCAAGCUCAUGGAGCCAACAAUGGUAUCCACAUUGCUCUUAGGUUGUUGGAGCCCAUCAGAGAACAAUUCCCUACCAUCUCUUUUGCUGAUUUCCAUCAGCUUGCUGGUGUUGUGGCCGUUGAAGUCACUGGUGGACCUGAAAUCCCUUUCCACCCUGGAAGAGAGGACAAGCCCGAGCCACCUCCAGAGGGUCGUCUUCCUGAUGCUACAAAAGGUUGUGACCACUUGAGAGAGGUCUUUUCUAAGCAGAUGGGUUUAUCUGACAAGGACAUCGUCGUUUUAUCUGGUGCACACACUCUGGGAAGAUGCCACAAGGAUAGGUCUGGCUUCGAAGGUGCCUGGACUUCAAACCCUCUGAUUUUCGACAACUCUUACUUCAAGGAACUCUUGACCGGAGAGAAGGAAGGCCUUAUUCAGCUUGUCUCUGACAAGGCACUAUUAGAUGAUCCCGUUUUCCGUCCUCUCGUUGAGAAAUACGCUGCUGACGAAGAUGCGUUUUUCGCUGAUUACGCUGAGGCUCACUUGAAGCUUUCGGAGCUCGGGUUUGCUGAUGCUUGA